AUGACGAACUCUGAAAAAGAUGUUGCGCCGAGUGACGAGGUGAACGUUGCAGGUUCUUUGAAUGGGCCACACAAAGUGAAAUGGUACCGCUCGACAUUCUACAAUGCCUUCAUCCUUGGUCUUUGCAACUUUCUAGCGCCCGGAAUUUGGGGCGCCAUGAACUCCUUGGGUGGAGGAGGCGAAGAGAAGCCAUAUCUGGUCAACGCAGCGAACGCCUUGACCUUCGGACUUAUGGUAGUCUCUUGUUUCUUUGGUAGCGUUGUCGUGCGAUUUAUCGGCAUCAAAUGGACACUCAUUGUGGGAACAAUGGGAUAUGCACCUUACGCAGCGGGGCUGUACACAAACAACCGAUUUGGUGAAGAAUGGCUGGUGAUCCUGGGUGCGGCACUUUGCGGCAUAUCAGCGGGCAUCUUUUGGAUGGCAGAAGCAGCAAUUGCCCUUUCAUAUCCUGAGCCAUACAACCAAGGACGCUUCUUGGGAUUCUGGCUUAGCUUCCGUGUUGGAGGACAAAUACUCGGCGGUAUCAUCAAUCUAGGCAUCAAUGCCCAUCGAUCAACCUCGGGCUCUAUCUCAUACACUGUGUACCUGAUUUUCAUUGCGCUACAGGCUCUUGGCCCCUUUGCUGGUCUGCUUUUGAACAAUCCGUCUCAGGUACAGCGAAAGGAUGGAGUCCCUGUUCAACUUCAGGUGACGAACAGCAUCGGAUACGAGCUAAAGAGCAUGUCGAAGCUUUGGAUCAGUCGCAAGUUUCUGUUCAUUGUUCCAUUCAUUUGCCAGGCUGUGUAUACAGAGGCUGUGAUGUUUUCGUACGAGGGAUUGUGGUUCACAGUACGGGCCAGAGCUCUCGGGUCAUUCCUUUCCGGUGUGAUUGCUUUGAUCAUCGGCAACGUUCUAGGAGCCUUCCUUGACACCAAGCGGAUAUCUCUGAAAAAGAGAAGUCGAUACGCAUUUUUCUUAGUCGUCGGAUGGCAAGGCAUGUGCUGGGUCUGGGCUUCAGUGGUGACGACGGAGUUCAACAAGACACACCCGGUAUAUGACUGGACUGACCCGGGUUUCGGAAGAGCCUUCACCCUCUUCCUGUUCUGGGUUGCUAGCUUCCAGCUCAACUAUAUGUAUCUGUUUUUCUUGGUGGGCAACCUUGCCGAUGAUCAUGAAGAGGUCGUCCGGAUUGCGGGCUUGUUGCGUGGGACUGAAUCUGCCGCUCAGUGUGUCAGCUAUGGUCUAAGUAGCGUGAGCAUCAUGGCCGCAGUGGGUAGUGUAUACCUCAACUUUGGCUUGUGGGCUAUUGCGAUAUUGCCUGCCUGGCUCAUUGUCAAACAGGUCGGUGUAGACUUUGGGGAUAAAAAGAUCGCUAGGGAAACUCCUGGUUUGCGCGAGGCCGUGGACCACGAGUAA